UUCUACGGUUCCAAACCGCGCCCAAUGCGGUGGUAUGCCCCUUAGGGCCUUAGCUUCAUUUGAGGUUGGUAGUGACAAAGGGACAAAACACUCGGGAGAUCAUGCCAAACCAUUCAUCGGACAAACCGAGAUAAUCCCAUCUGGGUUCGCCUUCCCUCUCCAUAUCAGCACAAAGACGUAAUGGAAAUCUGGGCCAUCGCCUGUAGAACGCUGUUCAUGGAAUAGGCAAGUUCCUUUUCAUUCUCUUGAUGCCUCCCAGCUCUGUUCCUUAGCUUUUUUCUGGGCGAUCAACUGUUGAAAGGGCGAUUCUUGUUGGUUCCUCCGUUGGUUCGAAUCGGGUUUUAGAAGCCUUGAGGUGUUUCUUGAUCGAGAGAAAUCGAGGAUGUCUUCAAUUGCCACGGACAUGUCGCUGAAUGGAAGCAUGAGAGGUCACGACACCGCCAACUCAAUCUUUGAGAUCGACGACUCCGAUAUUCUGAAGUUAAUGGACAGGCCAAGGCCGCUAAACAUAGAGAGAAACAGAUCGUUCGACGAGAAGUCUUACUGUGAGAUGUCCAUCACUUUAUCGCCUCGGCUUUCUUAUAGGGUGGCUGACAACUUUCGCCUUGUAGACCAUCUUGAGUAUGUGUACUCUCCAGGAAGAAGGUCGGGCUUUCACACACCAAGAUCCGAGAGUUACUACGAGGCGCACCCUAUGAUUGCUGAUGCGUGGGAAGCCCUGGGAAGGUCUAUGGUUCUCUACCGGGGGCAACCUGUUGGGACUAUCGCCGCUCUGGAUCAUUCUGUAGAAGAACUGAACUAUGAUCAGGUCUUUGUUAGAGACUUUUUCCCGAGCGCAUUGGCGUUUCUGAUGAAUGGCGAGACGGAAAUAGUGAAGAAUUUCCUUCUCAAAACCCUUCUCCUCCAAUCACGAGAGAAGAUGGUGGACCAGUUCAAGCUAGGAGAAGGGGUGAUGCCUGCGAGCUUCAAGGUGAUCCAUCACCCGGCAAGGAAUUCCGAGACCUUGACUGCAGACUUUGGCGAGACCGCAAUAGGGAGAGUAGCCCCAGUGGACUCAGGAUUCUGGUGGAUCAUAUUGCUCCGUGCGUAUACCAAGUCCACAGGCGAUUCAUCCUUGGCAGAAUUGCCCGAGUGCCAAAGGGGCAUGCGCCUUAUCCUGAGCUUAUGCCUCUCGGAAGGCUUUGACACGUUCCCGACGCUGCUCUGUGCAGACGGAUGCUGCAUGAUUGACAGGAGAAUGGGUGUAUACGGGUAUCCGAUCGAAAUCCAGGCCCUCUUUUUUAUGGCGCUCCGAUGUGCCCUGGUCUUGCUUAAGCAAGACAGCGAGGGCAAGGACUUCAUGGAGCGGAUUGUGCAGCGCCUCCACGCAUUGAGUUACCACAUGAGGAACUAUUUCUGGCUGGACCUGAAGCAGCUCAAUGACAUAUACCGGUACAAGACCGAGGAGUAUUCUCACACGGCAGUCAACAAGUUCAACGUGAUGCCCGAUUCUCUUCCUGAUUGGGUGUUUGAUUUCAUGCCAAGACGCGGCGGUUACUUUGUCGGGAACGUGAGCCCAGCGAAGAUGGAUUUCCGGUGGUUCUGUUUGGGCAACUGCGUGGCCAUUCUGUCGUCUCUGGCGACCCCUGAACAGUCUGUAGCCAUAAUGGAUCUGAUAGAAGAACGCUGGGAAGAGCUGGUCGGCGAGAUGCCGCUGAAGAUAUGCUAUCCGGCGAUAGAAAACCACGAAUGGAAGAUCGUCACAGGAUGCGACCCGAAGAAUACUCGGUGGAGCUAUCACAAUGGAGGGUCUUGGCCAGUGCUUCUCUGGCUCCUCACGGCGGCCUGCAUCAAGACGGGGCGCCCACUAAUAGCGAGGCGCGCCAUCAAGCUCAUCGAGAGCCGGUUAUCAAAGGACCACUGGCCCGAGUACUAUGACGGGAAGCUCGGCAGGUACGUUGGGAAGCAGGCUCGGAAAUUCCAGACCUGGUCCAUCGCCGGUUACUUGGUGGCCAAGAUGCUGUUUGAGGACCCGUCUCACUUGGGUAUGGUCUCGCUCGAGGAAGACAGACAGAUGAAGCCCCUAAUAAAAAGAUCUGCUUCUUGGACCUGUUAACCACAUAUAAAUGUUCCCUCCCAAAAGUCUAGGAGCUUUAUAAUACAGCUUAUUCACAGUAUGAAUUCAUGAACAUUUUUGAAGAUCGAUGCGACAAGUAAGUUGGUUUGGCGACAAUAACGGAGAUGAGUUACUUUACCAUAUGUGAAUGCUAUCACAUGAACGGACCAGUUCUGUGUUAAUCUGUUUCUCCUCGUUCACAGGAUCACUGCAUCGCCACGAGCACUGUCUGAAGCAAGUUGCUGAGGUUUUUGCCUUCAAUCAGUAAUGAGAAAAAAGCUUUCGGGGUCCGGUUUAGGAAAUAAUUUCGUUGCAAAUCUUCGAGUUAUCGCCUCACCUAGGGUUGCAAGAAUGUGAGAGGAGGAUCCAACAUGACGCAACAGAUCUAAGACACGAUUUGAAUUGAGUUGGCCAAAAUUUCAAUGGCUCUUGCGAAAAUCUGCAGUUCAGACGGUGUCCAUGUAACCAGGCUGAGGAAUGCUAUUUACAAUGAUACUAGUUUUUACAUAUUUGAGACAUGGAGA